UUAUAGUUAAUUCCAAAUCCAAGGCUUUUUGAAGUUAUAAUUCCAUAAUUGUCAUCUGUCUCCAUGAAUUUCUUUCCCUUCCUAUCAAUUAGAGAACAGGUGACUUUUUUUUUUUUUUUACUUUCCAUUUAUAAUUUCAGGUUAUAAGACCAGGACUGACAACAAGUUACUGAUCCCAAAGCAAGAAAUUUCUGAAGAAAUAGAAUCUUGUGGAACAAUAUCAGAAAUACUCCAAACAGAUGUUCUUCAGAAACCCAAAUUUCGAAGAACCUAUGAACUUCAAAGCAGAUUAGAUAGUCAGGUGGGAAUCCCAGCAAAGAAGAGAUGGAGAGAUUCUCUUUCCCAACAGAGAAAGGCACAGGUGAAAGUCAUGCAUGAAGAAACCCCCAGAGAGGAGAGAGGCCAUAAUUGUGCUGAAUUUGGGAGAAACUUGGGCCUAAACUCAAAUCUUAUUAUAGAACAGAGUGUUCCUACAGGAGUGAGACCUCAUAAAUGUGAUACUUGUGGCCAAAGCUUUGGUCAGCGCUCAGUCCUUAUUCAGCAUCUGAGAAUUCAUACUGGAGAGAAACCUUUUGAAUGUAAUGAAUGUGGGAGAGCAUUCAGCCAGAGAUCAGAAAUUAUUAGGCAUCGGAGAAUUCAUACUGGAGAUAAACCCUAUGAAUGUAAUGAAUGUGGCAAAGCAUUUAGUCACAGAUCAACCCUUAUUGAACAUCAAAGAAUUCACACUGGAGAAAAGCCCUUUGAAUGUAAUGAAUGUGGGAAAGCCUUCAGAGGAAGGUCAGACCUUAUUCGGCAUCAAAGAAUUCACACUGGAGAAAAGCCCUAUCAGUGUAAUGAGUGUGGAAAAGCUUUUAGUCACCGGUCUGUCUUUAUUGCACAUCAGAGAAUUCACACUGGGGAGAAACCUUAUGAAUGUCAUGAAUGUGGCAAGACCUUCAAUUGGAGCUCAAGCCUUUUUCAACAUCAGAGGGUUCAUAGUGGAGAGAGACCAUAUGAAUGUAAUGAAUGUGGGAAAGCAUUUACACAACUUGCAGUUCUCAUUGACCAUUUAAGAACUCAUACUGGGGAAAAGCCUUAUGAAUGUAAUGAAUGUGGGAAGGCUUUCAGUCAUGGCUCAAACCUUCUUCAACAUCAGAGGAUUCAUUCUGGUGAGAAACCAUAUGAAUGUUGUGAAUGUGGAAAAGCCUUCUGUCACAGCUCAAAACUUAUUCAGCACCAGAGAAUCCAUACCAGAGAGUGACUCUCUUAAUAUGGUGGGGAAUUCCCAAAAAUUACUUUGGGGCAAGACCUCAUUAAAGACUACAAGUUCAAAGGCAGGGCUCAUUGUUUGUCUAACUUUUGGUAGCACCUAAUCUGGUGCCACAUGCAGAUAGCUUAAAUGUUUUUGG